UGAGAAGGUUUUCUGGAAGGAGGAGGCCGAGGGGAUGGAAACUUAAAGAAGCGACCUCACUUCCUUGGCAACAGACCCUAACAGAACUUAGAAUUCUGGUAACCAGGCCAGGCACGGUGGCUCACACCUGUAAUCCCAGCACUUUGGGAUGCUGAGGCAGGAGGAUCAUGAAAUCAGAAGAUCGAGACCAGCCUGAACAACAUGCUCCUGCUUCAGGUGCAGAAAUACAGCUAUUUGCAGUGCCAGCUGUUGAGCCAGUGCCAGCACCAGGGGCAGAUUCCCCUCCAGGGACAGCGCUGGAGCUAGAGGAAGCUCCAGAGCCCUCCUGCCGCUGCCCUGGGACUGCCCAGGACCAGCCCAGUGAGGAGCUGCCUGACUUCAUGGCACCUCCUGUAGAGCCACCAGCCUCAGCCCUGGAGCUGAAAGUGUGGCUGGAGCUAGAGGUGGCAGAGAGGGGUGACCAGCACAGCUCCAGCCAGCAGCUCCCGCACUGCUCCCAGUCCUGGGCACAGUGGAAGCUAUGGAGGCAGAGACCAGGGUGUGCAACCUGGGCUCCUCUGCCUCACUGGAGAGGGACUCCUCUCAUUCAGCAGAGCAGCAGCCCUGCUGCUGAAGGGCCUGCUGCUACUGCUGCUGGGGGUGUUUGCCUGCCUGAAGGAGGUGCUGGAGAGCAAGAAAAGGAGCCUGUGAGCAGGGGUUCCAGCAGGUCCUCCUGCUCCCAGAGGCGACCUCCUCCUCCAGGCAUGGAGGUUUGCCCUCAGCUAGGCAUCUGGGCCAUUUGCCUCUACUGUGCUGCCCAGGAUAGCCUCUUCUUGACAGGCAGAUAGGAUGGCCUCUUCUUGACAGGUGGAGGGGGCCAGGGGCAUCUCCAAAGGAAGCUUUUAAACUCAGCAGCUGCACCCCAGAAUCUCCA